UCAAAACAUCUGCUUUUUUAAAAUGUUUUAAAAAUAUAUCUUCUCGGUAAUGCGAAUGGAACAUUGUAUCAUUCUUCAGUUCAAACAUUAUGUUGCUUUUGAAUGUUCUCUGAACGUUCUGAAAGCGGUUACAUUUAAAACAAACGUUUCAGGAAAAAAAAAAACAUUCCAUUAACGACGUAGCCUAUAAAUGUUUUUGCGCUGACGUUUUGAACGAACUAAUUCGAACGAACGUUCAGUUACGUUACUGAGAGAACGUUGGACAAAGUUCUGAGCAGCCGUCAGAAGUGUUUGGACCCUCCAGUGUCUUUCGCUGUAAACGCGUACGCAUUCGGUAUUUUUGUCUUGUUAAUUUCACAGUUAACCAGUUCUAUUCAGUUCUCCAGAUUGGCUAAUGUACACGUGCUCUUCAUGACUCUUCGUGUGCUGUGAAGCGUCGCGUCAGCCGCAGUCAGAGGCGCGUCGCGGGAGGCGGAGAUCACACGCUGCUUUCAGCCUCAUCACUGUCGGACCCGCGGCUUUAUCUCUCCGCUUCACGCGCGCGGGGUUUUUAACGCGCUCGUCUCUCCAUGCGGUCCGCGUCACUGAGGUAAUAGCGCGUUGUAGCUGCGCGUCGCGCUGAGUUUCGCUGUUCCUUCAGUCCUUUCGGCGGCAGUUUUGGGAUCGCUCGACUCUUCUGCACCGGUGUGACAGUCAUGGGCUCCCGCGACCGGACUCUGUCCCUGCUGACCGCCGCUCUCCUCAUCCACGUCUCUCUGCAGGGCGAGCAUCAGCGGCGGCUGUACAAAGACUUAAUGAGAAACUACAACCCUCUGGAACGACCCGUCUAUAACGACUCACACUCGCUCACCGUGCGCUUCAGCUUCAGUCUGAUGCAGAUCAUGGACGUGGAUGAGAAGAACCAGGUUCUGACAACCAACAUCUGGCUUCAACUGUACUGGAGCGACUACUAUCUGCAGUGGAACACCAGCGAUUAUCCCGGCGUGAACACGGUCCGAUUCCCAGACUCCCUCAUCUGGAGGCCGGAUAUCCUGCUGUAUAACAGUGCUGAUGAGAGAUUUGACGCCACAUUUCACACCAACGUGCUGGUCAACUCUUCUGGAUACUGUCAGUACCUGCCGCCAGGUAUCUUUAAGAGCACGUGCUACAUCGACGUGCGCUGGUUCCCGUUCGACGUUCAGCGCUGCGAUCUGAAGUUCGGCUCCUGGACGUACGGAGGAUGGUCUCUGGACCUGCAGAUGAUGGAGGCGGAUAUCACCGGAUACAUCGCUAACGGCGAAUGGGACCUGGUUGAGGUUCCAGGCAGGAGGAAUGAGAAGUUCUACGACUGCUGUAAGGAGCCGUACCCUGAUGUCACCUUCACCGUGGUCAUGAGGAGGAGGACGCUGUACUACGGGCUCAAUCUCCUGAUUCCAUGCGUCCUCAUCUCCACUCUCGCGCUGCUGGUGUUUCUGCUGCCCGCCGACUCCGGAGAGAAGAUAUCGCUGGGAAUCACAGUGUUGCUGUCGCUCACCGUCUUCAUGCUCCUGGUGGCCGAGAUCAUGCCUGCCACAUCAGAUUCAGUGCCUCUGAUUGCUCAAUAUUUUGCGACCACCAUGGUGAUUGUGGGUCUGUCAGUCAUCGCUACAGUCCUGGUGUUGCAGUAUCACCAUCACGAUCCCGACGGAGCGAAGAUGCCACAAUGGACCCGCGUUCUCCUCCUGAACUGGUGUGCCUGGUUCCUCCGCAUGCGGCGGCCUGGCGAGGAACGGAUCCGUCUGGCCUGCCACAACAAACAUCCCCGGCAUGGCAGUGUGUCCAGCGUGGAGCUGUCGGUCAGCCAGGGGGCGCUGCAGCCCGCCAGCGGAAACAUGCUGUACAUCGGCUUCAGAGGUAUGGAGGGCGUCCACUACGCUUCCUCUCACGACUCUCACAGUGUGCUCUGCGGGCGUCUCAUGGCGUCCACUGAGGAGGACGUGCUGUUGCCGGGGGCGGCAGUGCCGACGCUAGGGGGCGGGGCUGGAAUCAGGGGCGGGGGCGGUGGAGGCAUUGUGGGUGGGGCUUUGGAACUGGAACUGUCCAAAAUUCUGGAGGAAGUGAGGUAUAUCGCCAAACGAUUCCGCGACCAGGACGAGGAUGAGAACGUGUGUAAUGAAUGGAAGUUCGCGGCGGCGGUGAUCGAUCGUUUGUGCCUCAUGGCGUUCUCCAUUUUUACAAUCCUCUGUACGAUUGGGAUCCUGAUGUCGGCGCCCAAUUUCGUGGAAGCCAUCUCGAAAGAUUUCUUCACCUGAUGCUCGAUGGUCUUGCCGUGAGAACUUUAUUUUACGUUUUUUGUACGUCGCUCAGCAACGACCGAGAUUCUUGUGUAAUAGGAGUGCAAAUAUGACAUGCUAACUAGGGCUGAGCGAAAAAGAUUAUCGCAAUUAUUUUAUGCACUUUUAAUUGUCUUCAUCUUAUUCACUAAAGAUGUUUUACUAACACCUCUGAUUUAAACAAGCAGCGUUAAGGCCCGUUCACACCAAGGACAAUAACUAUAAUGAUAAAGAUAACAUCCACAGCAUAACUAUAACAAUAAAGAUAUCACCCACAGCAUAACUAUAACGAUUAAGAUGUAGUCCGCAGCAUAACUACAACGAUAAAGAUAUCGUCCGCAGCAUAACUACAACUAUUAAGUUAUCGUCCGCAGCAGAACUACAACGAUAAAGAUGUCGUCUGCAGCAUAAGUUAUACAUAACUACUAAACAUAACUACGACGAUAAAGAUGUCGUCCGCAGCAUAACUACCAUGAUAAAGAUGUCGUCCGCAGAAUAACUACAACUAUUAAGUUAUCGUCCGCAGCAGAACUACAAUGAUAAAGAUGUCGUCCGCAGCAUAAGUUAUACGUAACCACUAAACAUAACUACGGUGAUAAAGAUGUCGUCUGCAGCAUAACUAUGACGAUAAAGAUGUCGUCCGCAGUAGAACUACAACGAUAAAGAUGACGUCCACAGCAUAAGUUAUACAUAACUACUAAACAUAACUACGAUGAUAAAGAUGUUAUCCGCAGCAUAACUACGAUGAUAAAGAUGUCGUCCGCAGCAUAAGUUAUACAUAACUACUAAACAUAACUACGACGAUAAAGAUGUCGUCUGCAGCAUAACUACGACGAUAAAGAUGUCGUACGCAGCAUAACUACGGCGAUAAAGAUGUCGUCCGCAGCAUAACUACGACGAUAAAGAUGUCGUCCGCAGCAUAACUACGACGAUAAAGAUGUCGUCCGCAGCAUAACUACGGCGAUAAAGAUGUCGUCCGCAGCAUAAGUUAUACAUAACUACUAAACAUAACUACGGCGAUAAAGAUGUUGUCCGCAGCAUAACUACGACGAUAAAGAUGUCGUCUGCAGCAUAAGUUAUACAUAACUACUAAACAUAACUACGAUGAUAAAGAUGUUAUCCGCAGCAUAACUACGAUGAUAAAGAUGUCGUCCGCAGCAUAAGUUAUACAUAACUACUAAACAUAACUACGACGAUAAAGAUGUCGUCCGCAGCAUAACUACGACGAUAAAGAUGUCGUACGCAGCAUAACUACGGCGAUAAAGAUGUCGUCCGCAGCAUAACUACGACGAUAAAGAUGUCGUCCGCAGCAUAACUACGGCGAUAAAGAUGUUGUCCGCAGCAUAACUACGACGAUAAAGAUGUCGUCUGCAGCAUAAGUUAUACAUAACUACUAAACAUAACUACGAUGAUAAAGAUGUUAUCCGCAGCAUAACUACGAUGAUAAAGAUGUCGUCCGCAGCAUAAGUUAUACAUAACUACUAAACAUAACUACGACGAUAAAGAUGUCGUCCGCAGCAUAACUACGACGAUAAAGAUGUCGUACGCAGCAUAACUACGACGAUAAAGAUGUCGUACGCAGCAUAACUACGGCGAUAAAGAUGUCGUCCGCAGCAUAACUACGACGAUAAAGAUGUCGUACGCAGCAUAACUACGGCGAUAAAGAUGUCGUCCGCAGCAUAACUACGACGAUAAAGAUGUCGUCCGCAGCAUAACUACGACGAUAAAGAUGUCGUCCGCAGCAUAACUACGACGAUAAAGAUGUCGUCCGCAGCAUAACUACGGCGAUAAAGAUGUCGUCCGCAGCAUAAGUUAUACAUAACUACUAAACAUAACUACGGCGAUAAAGAUGUUGUCCGCAGCAUAACUACGACGAUAAAGAUGUCGUCUGCAGCAUAAGUUAUACAUAACUACUAAACAUAACUACGAUGAUAAAGAUGUUAUCCGCAGCAUAACUACGAUGAUAAAGAUGUCGUCCGCAGCAUAAGUUAUACAUAACUACUAAACAUAACUACGACGAUAAAGAUGUCGUCCGCAGCAUAACUACGACGAUAAAGAUGUCGUACGCAGCAUAACUACGGCGAUAAAGAUGUCGUCCGCAGCAUAACUACGACGAUAAAGAUGUCGUCCGCAGCAUAACUACGGCGAUAAAGAUGUUGUCCGCAGCAUAACUACGACGAUAAAGAUGUCGUCUGCAGCAUAAGUUAUACAUAACUACUAAACAUAACUACGAUGAUAAAGAUGUUAUCCGCAGCAUAACUACGAUGAUAAAGAUGUCGUCCGCAGCAUAAGUUAUACAUAACUACUAAACAUAACUACGACGAUAAAGAUGUCGUCCGCAGCAUAACUACGACGAUAAAGAUGUCGUACGCAGCAUAACUACGACGAUAAAGAUGUCGUACGCAGCAUAACUACGGCGAUAAAGAUGUCGUCCGCAGCAUAACUACGACGAUAAAGAUGUCGUACGCAGCAUAACUACGGCGAUAAAGAUGUCGUCCGCAGCAUAACUACGACGAUAAAGAUGUCGUCCGCAGCAUAACUACGACGAUAAAGAUGUCGUCCGCAGCAGAACUACAAUGAUAAAGAUGUCGUCCGCAGCAUAAGUUAUACAUAACUACUAAACAUAACUACGGCGAUAAAGAUGUUGUCCGCAGCAUAACUACGACGAUAAAGAUGUCGUCUGCAGCAUAAGUUAUACAUAACUACUAAACAUAACUACGACGAUAAAGAUGUCGUCCGCAGCAUAACUACGACGAUAAAGAUGUCGUACGCAGCAUAACUAUGACGAUAAAGAUGUCGUCCGCAGCAGAACUACAAUGAUAAAGAUGUCGUCCGCAGCAUAAGUUAUACAUAACUACUAAACAUAACUACAAUGAUAAAGAUGUCGUCCGCAGCAUAAGUUAUACAUAACUACUAAACAUAACUGCGCCGAUAAAGAUGUUGUCCGCAGCAUAACUACGACGACAAAGAUGUCGUCCGCAGCAUAACUGAUAUCAUCCACAGUAUCAUCCCAUGUCCAUGGCAUAACUAUAAUGAUAAAGAUAUUGCUUGCUGCAUAACUAUAACGAUAGAGAUAUCGCCCGCAGCAUAACUAUGACGAGGACAACUAUAACGAGGAACAGAGGAAUGAUAUCGUUGGAAUCACUUUCAGAACGAUUUUUUCCAGGUGAUGGACGAUAAAAACAUUGACAGCCAAUCAGAAUCCAUCCUGCUUUAAGAACAUGAGCAUUUAAAAUGGAAGACAACAAAACUGCAGCACUUAUAAUAAACCGAAUGAUAUCAUCCGCUGGUGUGGACGUUAAUAUAGUUAUCGUUAUGGUUAUCGUUCUUGGUGUGAACGUGCCUUUACUGUUCGUAAGUUUUAUUUAUUUCCAUGAAUGAGUUCUUGUCAAAGAAUCAGUUUGAACGCUGAUUCAUCGAUUUAUUUGCGUCACUUCAAAAUGUUUACCGAAGUCCCGUGUUGCAGUUUACAUUUAUUAAAACGUUUUAGUAAAAUCUGUGUAGGUAAAUAUUGCUGUUGUAUUACAUUUGUGCAUAUAUAUAUGAAAAUCAUGAAAUGUCAUUGUUCUUCUAAUUCUAGAUUAUUAUUAUUGGAUUUUAGUUAAAUUUACAUGAAACAUUUUGAACCCGACUAAUGAUUCAGUAAAAGAUACACAUGUUGGUUUGAGCUCAAGGUCACUUAUAAACAGCAAUACAGGUUUUAAUUGUGAUAUUUGUUGUAUGUUGGUUCUCUGUGUAACUCUAGGUGAGAUUUCAUGUGAGUGUUGAAAUGAAGUUUGUUGUGUUUUUAAUGUACAGUGGGUCCAAAAGUCUGAGAUCGCUAGUGAAAAUGCUGCUAUUUUGAAUACUUUCUAAAUUAAUCCAGCAUUUUUAAUUGCUAAAUUAUAUUAUCAUCAUAACAAUCAAGUCAUGUGUUCUAAUCAAACCUGUUUUGGACCCUGCAUCAUCAUAUUGUGUUCUUUGCUUGUUUUUCAAACCUGUUAGACUCACAAAAUGUGCUGUUUUACAUGGAAACACUUCAUCAUUUGACUCUUUGGUACUAAGCAGCAUAUAAACACACUCUUAUAUGAACUGCACACACAUCUAUUUAAGAGUCAGACUUCUGUCUGGAAAAUCAGUUUUCCAGUUUGAACCUUUUCCCAGCAGCAUCACAUUUUCUUUCAGGUCUCCUGUGCCGGUACGCUCUGGUUUGUGAACCCUGUAUAAAUAAAUGUAUUUUUCUA